AUUUUGGUUUUCCUAUUGAAAUUUCAUAAAACCAAAAAAUUGGCUAAGCUGCAAAUACCUCCUACCUGUUCAUCAUCAACCAUUUCUCGCAUAGAUUUCAUCGAAAGAUGGGGCCUAACACCGGUAUUGCGGCCACGACAGGAACAACCAUUAAGCGGUGAAAAUCUUUCUGAAGCAUCGCCCCCUCUUCUGCGUGAUAGGUCUUUACCCAAAUUAAGCAGUCAAGACGAAGAAGGGGGGGCUGGUCAUGGCUAUGGUGGCGGGCCACAACACUUUGAACCCAUUCCUCAUGAUCAUGAUUUUUGUGAAAGAGUUGUUAUAAAUGUAAGCGGGUUAAGGUUUGAAACACAAUUACGAACGUUAAAUCAGUUCCCCGAUACGUUACUGGGGGAUCCAGCUCGGAGAUUACGGUACUUUGACCCGCUGAGAAACGAAUAUUUUUUUGACCGUAGUCGACCGAGCUUCGAUGCUAUUUUAUACUAUUAUCAAAGUGGUGGCCGACUACGGAGACCGGUCAAUGUCCCUUUAGACGUAUUUAGUGAAGAAAUAAAAUUUUAUGAAUUAGGUGAUCAAGCAAUUAAUAAAUUCAGAGAGGAUGAAGGCUUUAUUAAGGAAGAGGAAAGACCAUUGCCGGAUAAUGAAAAUCAAAGAAAAGUUUGGUUACUUUUUGAGUAUCCAGAAAGUUCACAAGCCGCCAGAGUUGUAGCCAUAAUUAGUGUAUUUGUUAUAUUGCUAUCAAUUGUUAUAUUUUGUCUAGAAACAUUACCCGAAUUUAAGCAUUAUAAGGUGUUCAACACAACUACAAAUGGCACAAAAAUCGAGGAAGAUGAGGUGCCUGACAUCACAGAUCCUUUCUUCCUUAUAGAAACGUUAUGUAUUAUUUGGUUUACAUUUGAACUCACUGUUAGGUUCCUCGCAUGUCCGAACAAAUUAAAUUUCUGCAGGGAUGUCAUGAAUGUUAUCGACAUAAUCGCCAUCAUUCCUUAUUUCAUAACAUUGGGUACUGUCGUAGCCGAAGAGGAGGAUACAUUAAAUCUUCCAAAAGCGCCAGUUAGUCCACAGGUACGUUCAAAUUGUUUACAUGUCUUUGUAAGAAAGAAAAAAAAAUACAACAACAAAAAAAUAAAUUACA